AUGUCAAAACUCACCCCUAACCUCCAAACGUUAUUACCAAGCGAUUUUCUAAGCAAAUUGGAAAACUUUUGAACCAGGUUCACUUUGAGCAAUUUGCCGUAAACAUGGAGUGUCUUUUGGGAGUGAAAUUCAACGACUUUGUGAUAAUCGCAGCGGAUAGAACUGCUGCCAACAGCAUCAUGGUAAUGAAGUCAGAUGAAAAUAAGAUCUAUAAACUCUCUAACCAGUUGGUGAUGGCCGUGUCCGGCGAAUCUGGCGACACCACGCAGUUUGCCGAAUAUAUUGCAAAAAACAUUCAACUGUAUAAAAUGAGAAACACUUACGAACUGAGCCCCAAGGAAGCCUCAAGCUUUACUCGAAGGAUUUUGGCUGAUACUCUUCGAACAAGAUCUCCAUACAUGGUAAAUCUGCUAUUGGCCGGCUAUGACGAGAAAGAAGGACCGCAGCUGUUCUACAUGGAUCACCUGGCAUCAGUAGCCAAAGUAGAUUAUGCUGCCCAUGGAUAUGGAGGCUUCUUUUCGCUUUCCAUUAUGGACCGCAACUACUUGAAAACAAUGACCCAAGAGCAGGGCUAUGAGCUUAUGAAGAAGUGCGUUGAGGAGGUUCAGAAACGGCUGAUCAUCAAUCUGCCCAACUUUAAGGUGCAAAUUGUAGAUAAGAAUGGAAUCAAAGAUAUGCCCGAUAUUACUGCUAAGUCAUUUAUGUAAUAACGUGAUGCAUUUUCAAUAACAUUUUUUUCUAAA